AUGGAGGAAAAGCGAGUUUUAGGAUUCAUUCACCCUGAUUUGGGAAUAGGUGGUGCUGAACGUCUAAUACUUGAUGCUGCAACAGAGCUUCAAAGAUGUGGUCACAAAGUUCAUUUAUACACUGCGUAUCAUGAUCUUGCACGUUGCUUUGAAGACACACUACAUAUCGGUGGUAAAAGAUGUGACUGGAUUCAUGUUAGUGGUAGCUGGAUCCCACGUCAUUUCUUUGGCUUUUUUCACAUCUUUUUCGCUAACCUUCGUUGUUUUUGGCUAUCGAUAGUAUUGAUAUUCUCUAGAAGAAAGACUCAAAUCGAACUCAUAUUUGUGGAUCAGGUCUCUUUGCCAGUGCUGAUUGUGAGGUGUCUCUCAAACAUCCGAACAAUAUUUUAUUGUCACUAUCCUGAUUCACUACUAGCACCAAGAAACUCUAUUAUUAGAAUGUUGUACAGAUUUCCUUAUGAUCUGUUGGAAAAAUAUUCAACACUGUGUGCACAUAAAAUUCUUGUUAAUAGUAAGUUUACAGCGCAGAAGUUUCUGAACGCCUUCCUGAAUGUUGAGUCGCUGGAUUGUCCAGAUGUAUUGUAUCCAUCGGUACAACUUAUGAGCGUAGCCAAUACCGUCAAUUUAUCUGACCAAAAUUAUAAGUCUUUUUUGACAAUUAAUCGGUUUGAGCGAAAGAAAGACAUUUUUCUGGCAAUACAUGCUUAUGUUCACAUGCUGAGUAUGCAUAAAGAAUCCGAUCUAUGUAAGACUAGACUACUUGUAGCCGGAGGGUAUGAUUCUAGGUUAGUAGAGAAUGUGGAACAUAUUAGUGAACUGUCAAGGGAAGCGAAACGCUUAUCUCACAGAAAAAGUGUUACUUUUCUCCCUUCAAUAAGCUCUAACCGUAAAAGAAAAAUACUCAUGGAAUCUUUAUGCUUGUUGUACACCCCGAUGGAGGAACAUUUCGGGAUAGUUCCGCUUGAAGCUAUGAGUGUAGGUACACCAGUCAUUGCUGUUGAUAGUGGCGGUCCCAAAGAAACAGUUGAAAAUGAAGAAACGGGUUUUUUAUGUUCCUCAAGUUCGAAGGAGUUUGCAGAGGUUAUGUAUCGCUUGUGCAAUGAUCCGAAGUUAGCUAGUUCCAUUGGAUCUUCUGGACAAUAUCAUGUAUGUCGCAAUUUUGAUCGUACCGAGUUCGGGGUGAAAUUGAGUAAGAUAGUUGAAGGAGUGCUAAAAUCUUCAUAA